ACGCUCAAUCUUGCAGCCUCAAAGAGAAAAAUAAUCAAGGAGCUAACCUUCAAAAUGCAAGCAACAACUGUGUUCUUAAGUGAAUCAUUACCCUUUAAAGCUGGCUUCAAGAGCUUGGUAGUGCCAAAAAUAUUAGCAAAGCCUCAAAGAACAGUAAGCUUUUCUAUGGUUGUAGCUGCUUCAGCCAAGGAAACCUCCACUGUGGACUACAGUUCGACAACAUCUGUUUUUCCGGCAGAAGCCUGUGAUACAAUAGGAGGAGAAGCCUGCAGCGUUGACAUGUUUCCAGAGGCAAAACCUGAAACACCAAUUACCAACACCAAAGCAAAUGUGAGCUCAGAGGAGGUUGAAAGAGAUUACAUGGAGUACAGUGAGCCGAAAACGGUGUUCCCUGGUGAGGCCUGUGAUGAUCUUGGUGGAGAAUUCUGUGAGCCAGAGUAUCAGAAGGGUGUUUUUGUAGAGAAUGCAUGAUAUAGAUAAAGGGAUGUCUCAUUGUGUAAUGUUAGCACUAAAUGAAUGUAUAAAUAUUCUGAUGUAUAAUGAGUCACAAAGCAAUAUCUGUGUUGUCCACAGCAA